AUGGAAGUCGAGCGAGACUUCAAUUUGUUGGACAACUUUACAAAGGGUAUAAGAGAGGACUUGAGGCCAGCCUUUUUAGAAUAUCUCGCAAAGUCGGAUGGCAAAGACCAAAUCCAGUCACAUGAGCAACAUUACUCAGGGGCUGACCUCGCCAUGAAAUAUCAGCGGUUCCUGGAAGACCGGCAAACGCUAGCUCUUACAGCUCCCCCAACCUCUGAAGACACAUCUGCACACUCUGAAGAGAUGGAAAGUAAGAUCCUGCCAUCAGCUCCAAAAAAAGGCAAAGGUCAUGAUGAAGAAACAGGAAAAGAUUCCAUGAAAGAAAAGAAGUUACUGGAUGAAAUACAGGAACGUGAGAAUCGGAUAAAAACGAGAGCUUUUCAGACACUGGAACAGCUCAUGUAUCCUCUGCAGCGUCAAAAGGAACCAAGUAACAUUGACGACCCGGCCUUCAUGCAAUUUAAAGAAUUCAAGACGCUUCUCAAUAAACGUAUGAAGCAAAAACGUCCCCAGGUGAAACGCUUCGUCAAAUGGAUGGAAGGACACCACGAAGCAAGUCUUGGAAAGAUGGGGGAUGACGACUGGUUUACCACAUAUGCUUUGUUUUGGAAUUAUUGUGCCUACAUCGAGCAGGAAAAGCUAGAAAAGCAUCUGUACUAUGAUUCGAUCAAGAAGGAGGGUGUAGAAAAAGUCACGGAAAACAAUGUCGAGAAUUACUUCUCACCGAGCGAUUUCGCAAUGAAACUAGCUGAAUGGCACAAGAUCCCCAAAUCCACUAUGCACCAACUCAGAAAAUCUGUUGACGAAGGGAUGACUUCCCUCAAACGAAGAAUCGAAUCGUGGAGUGAUAAAUGGAAAAUUAAAAUAAAAGAAAUGUUCACCAAAAUGGGUAAAAAAAUCCAAGCACUUUUUAGCAGAAAGAAAUCUGAAUAG